AUGUCGGACGCUGACUUUGACGCCAUCAGAAAGCUCCAGCAAGAGCGCAACGCUGCCGCGGCUGCCAAGAAGGGUUCGCGCACUUUCGAUCCCUCCAACCAGCGAUCCGACACGUCCACCAAGGCCAACCUGACCGACUCCUUCGACACCGACCUGUACACUCGCGAUGGCGGCGACAAGUUCCAGGGCUACCUCACCUCCAUCCCCGCAGACGGCGACGAUGGCGACGCUGACAUGGAAGACGCCGACGGGGGUCGCCGCCUAGUCGGCCAGUACACGGCCACUCGUUCCCAGAUCGACGAGUUUGCACGCGGCAAUGGCGUCGAGGAGGACGACCCCUUCGCCGGCCGUGGCGAGAAGAGCACCCGCAUCGUCGAUCGCGAGACCGACUAUCAGAAGCGCCGUUUCGACCGCGUUCUGACCCCCACGCGUGCUGACGCCUUUGCUGCAAACCGCCAGGCCGGCGCUGCUGAAGAUGGCGAGUCCUACAAAGAUGUCAUGGAACGGCGCGAGAUCGAAAGGGAGGAGGAGCGGGUUCGACGGGCUAUCGAAGCCAAGCGAGCCGCUGGUGAGGACACCAACGGCGACCACCAGGCCACUUUGAAGGACGGGGAUAAGGAGAACGCCGAAGCUGGGUCCACUGAGGCCGUCUCUGCCGGCCGCAAGCGCAAGAAGAGAUGGGAUGUUUCUUCGACCGCCGUGGACGAACCAGCAGCGGGCGCUGCGGAAGCCAAGUCCAAGCGAUCCAGGUGGGAUGAAGCACCAGCCCUGCCAGCUCCCGGCGCUGCGGAUGCCUCCAAGAAACGAUCACGGUGGGACCAAGCUCCAUCUGCUACCCCGAUGGGUGCCAGUGGUCUUGUGACUCCCAUGCACACGUCCAGCAUAGGGGGUGCUACUCCUUCCUUUGGGACCGACAUCGCCGGGCCCAACGCACCCAUCAGCGAUGAAGAGCUGGAUGACCUUCUUCCCGGAGAGGCAGACGGCUACAAGGUUCUUGAGCCGCCGCCUGGAUAUGCGCCCACUCGAGCGCCUACACACCGAGUUGCCGCUACGCCCCUCCCCGCCAGCGGCUUCAUGAUGCAAGACCCAGAGAGUGUCAGACUAGGUGGCGCCCCUAUGCCCAAGGAGAUCCCAGGUGUUGGUGAUCUCCAAUUCUUCAAGCCUGAGGAUAUGGCUUACUUCGGCAAGCUGACCGACGGGUCUGAUGAGGCCGCCCUGAGUGUCGAAGAGCUAAAGGAGCGCAAGAUCAUGAGAUUGCUCCUUAAGGUCAAAAACGGAACUCCACCCAUGCGAAAGACUGCGCUGAGACAGCUGACUGAUAACGCGCGUAACUUUGGUGCCGGGCCCCUAUUCAACCAGAUCUUGCCACUACUCAUGGAGAAAACGCUUGAGGACCAGGAACGCCACUUGCUCGUCAAGGUCAUCGACCGUAUACUCUACAAAUUGGACGAUUUGGUACGCCCAUACGUUCACAAAAUUCUCGUCGUUAUUGAGCCUCUGCUCAUUGACCAAGACUACUACGCCAGAGUCGAGGGUCGGGAAAUCAUCUCUAACCUCAGUAAAGCCGCUGGUCUUGCCACUAUGAUCAGUACCAUGAGGCCAGAUAUCGAUCACGUCGAUGAAUACGUCCGGAACACCACGGCGCGUGCAUUUGCCGUGGUAGCUUCGGCCUUGGGCAUUCCCGCUCUUUUACCAUUUCUCAGAGCCGUUUGCCGAAGCAAGAAAUCGUGGCAAGCCCGACACACGGGUGUCAAGAUUGUGCAGCAGAUACCCAUCUUGAUGGGUUGCGCUGUGCUGCCACAUCUGAAGGGUCUUGUUGACUGUAUUGGCCCUAACCUGAAUGACGAACAGACCAAGGUGCGGACGGUGACCAGUUUGGCCAUCGCGGCUCUAGCAGAAGCUUCCAACCCAUAUGGUAUCGAGAGCUUCGAUGAUAUCCUUAAUCCCCUCUGGACCGGUGCCAGAAAGCAGAGAGGCAAGGGCCUUGCAGGAUUUCUCAAAGCUGUCGGAUAUAUCAUUCCCCUAAUGGACGAGGAUUAUGCCAACUACUACACCAGUCAAAUCAUGGAGAUCCUCCUGCGAGAAUUCUCUUCGCCAGAUGAGGAAAUGAAAAAGGUGGUGCUCAAGGUGGUAUCCCAAUGCGCCGGAACCGAAGGUGUUACAGCUGGAUAUCUGAAAGAACACGUCCUUGAUGAGUUCUUCAAGAGCUUCUGGGUGCGUCGCAUGGCGCUGGACAAGCGAAACUACAGGCAGGUGGUAGAGACCACAGUCGACAUUGCUCAGAAGGUUGGCGUCAGUGAGAUCACUGAACGUGUCGUCGGUAACCUGAAGGAUGAGAGUGAGGCUUACCGUAAGAUGACCGUCGAGACCAUUGAGAAAGUCAUCGCCGGCCUGGGUGCUGCCGACAUUGGAGAAAGGUUGGAGGAACGCUUGAUCGAUGGUAUCUUGCACUCGUUCCAAGAGCAGGGUGUCGAAGACGUCAUCAUGCUGAACGGUUUCGGCACCGUCGUCAACGCACUGGGGUCCCGAUGCAAGCCAUAUCUGCCCCAAAUCGUCAGUACCAUCUUGUGGCGUCUCAACAACAAAUCAGCAACCGUACGACAACAGGCAGCAGAUUUGAUAUCCCGCAUUGCCAUGGUCAUGAAGCAGUGUGGUGAGGAUGCCUUGAUGGGCAAGCUGGGCAUUGUGCUUUACGAAUACCUUGGUGAGGAGUACCCAGAAGUGCUUGGAUCGAUUCUCGGUGCUCUACGUUCCAUUGUUACCGUCGUUGGAAUUAGCCAGAUGCAGCCCCCUAUCAAAGACCUGCUGCCACGCCUAACCCCCAUCCUGCGAAACCGUCACGAAAAGGUCCAAGAGAACACCAUUGACCUUGUCGGCCGUAUUGCCGACCGUGGACCAGAAAGUGUUAAUGCUCGCGAGUGGAUGCGUAUCUGCUUCGAAUUACUCGACAUGCUGAAAGCGCACAAGAAGGGCAUUCGGCGAGCGGCAAACAACACAUUUGGUUUCAUUGCAAAGGCUAUUGGUCCACAGGAUGUCUUGGCGACUUUACUGAACAAUCUCCGUGUUCAGGAGCGUCAGUCGCGUGUGUGUACGGCUGUCGCCAUUGGCAUCGUCGCCGAGACUUGCGCUCCCUUCACUGUCCUCCCAGCCCUAAUGAACGAGUACCGGGUGCCCGAGCUCAAUGUUCAGAACGGUGUGCUCAAAUCGCUUUCCUUCCUCUUCGAGUACAUCGGCGAAAUGGCCAAGGACUACGUCUAUGCAGUGACACCGCUCCUCGAGGAUGCCCUCAUCGACCGUGACCAGGUGCACCGGCAGACAGCCGCCUCGGUUGUCAAACACAUCGCGCUGGGCGUUGUCGGCCUCGGCUGUGAGGACGCCAUGGUUCAUUUGCUCAACUUGCUCUAUCCAAAUCUGUUCGAGACCUCGCCCCACGUCAUCGACCGCAUUGUUGAGGCCAUCGAGGCUAUCCGUAUGGCUGUUGGCCCGGGACUCGUCAUGAACUAUGUUUGGGCGGGUCUCUUCCACCCUGCCCGCAAGGUCCGCACACCGUACUGGCGUCUCUACAACGACGCAUACGUCCAGGCCGCUGACGCCAUGGUGCCUUACUACCCGAACCUGACGGAGGACGGCAUUGAUAGGUCAGAGUUGGCCAUUGUUCUGUAA